GCAAGCUUCGUGCUCCCAUCAGCAAGAAGUAUCAGAUCGUGUUUGUCACCAGUGAGGUGGCUCCAUUCUCAAAGACCGGAGGACUUGGAGAGGCAAUGGACGGUCUACCAAUCGCAUUGGCAGCUUUGGGCCAUCGAGUCAUGGUGGUUUCCCCUCGUUAUGACCAAUAUGCAGAAGGGUGGGAUACCAGCUAUUGGAGCUCAGUACCCAUGGGCGGCAAGCAGGAGUCCGUCCACUUCUUCCACGCUCACAAGCAGAAGGUGGACUAUGUCUUUGUGGAUCAUCCCACAUUCUUGGAGAGGGUGGAUGGCAUGACAGGUGCCAAGCUCUAUGGCCCCGAAUGGGGGAAGGACUUUGCAGACAAUCAGGCACGCUUUGCCUAUUUCUGCAAAGCUUCCCUGAAAGCCAUUCAGGAGUUGGCAUUGGGAGGAGCAGCGUAUGGUGGCAACUGCGUGGUAGUGGCAAAUGACUGGCACAGUGCUUUGGUGCCCAUGCUGAUCCAUGCAGAGAAGUCUGUUCAGCCAGGCAAAUGGAACAACACCAAGACCGUCUUCUUGUGCCACAAUGCAGUGUUUCAGGGGCGUUUCCCAAGGGAAGAAGGACUGGCCAGCAUCUUGGGGGUCCCAGACCGCUACCUCGACAGCAUUACUUUCAAGAUGCCUUUGCGCAUUGGCAAGUACAAUGAGAAGGUCUCCUGCAUCAACACGAUGUCAGCGGGUCUUCGAUACUCUGACAGAGCAAUCACGGUGUCUCCGACUUAUGCGCGCGAGUGCGUAAACAACCCAGAGAAGGGCGCCGAACUGGAGGCACUCUUUCACCUGGCCAGGUGCACAGGAAUCCUGAAUGGAAUCAAAGAAGGUGUAUCGCCAAGCGACAACAACUUCGUUAUGAAGACUAUGAUGACCUGUGGAAUGUACAGUGCAGACACCUGUGAUUCUGCCAAGUCCGAGCUGAAGAUGGCCUACCGUGCGCAAAACGGUUUGCCUUCAUCGAGUGGUCCAUUGAUGUGUUUUAUUGGAAGGCUUGAUGCUCAGAAAGGCUACGACAUUUUGCUGGAUGCAUUGACCAAGAUCUUGCCAGACACAGAGAUGCAGAUGGUUGUCGUGGGCGCAGGUCGUGCAGACCUGGUCCAACAGACAAAAGCCUUGGAAAAGAAGCAUCCAAGCAAGAUCUUUUACGCAGGCUGGAUGGGCCCAGAACGCUACGCACUGCUGGCUGCCUGUGACUACACGCUCUUGCCAUCCAGGUGGGAGCCUUGUGGUUUGGUGCAAAUGGAAGCGAUGCGCUUGGGCACCUUGCCCAUCGUAGCGCCCACCGGCGGCCUCAAAGACACCGUGGAGGACGGAGUGAAUGGCCUUUGGACCGAUAAAGAGAUGACCAUUGAGGCAAUAGCAGAUCAGGCUUCGGUGGACUCGCUUUCCAACACGCUUCAGCAUGCCGUGAAGCUCUUCCGCGAGAACCCUCCAAAGGUGGUGGACAUGAAGAAGGCAGCAAUGGCAGCGUCGCAGGAGUUCACUUGGACGAACGCAGCGCUCCAAUACGAGGCAGUCUUUCAAGAGCUGGGUGCGACGGAUGUGCUACCUUUAUGUGGCGGUCAAGCCACGGUCACCCUGGAGGUAGACAAACAAGUCUGCUAAAGGACCAGCGUGACCAGCAAAUCCCACAACCGAAUGCUCGGUUUUGGAAGACGCUUUGGGGACUGAGAGGCUUUGAGAAGGCCUAAAAAGGGGGCGUGCCACACACUGCUCGGAGUUGGUGAAGUCACGUAACGGAGUAGAGAAAUCUGCAUCCUAGGUCCUAGAGGCAUGGUUCACGGAGUAUGGCACAUGGCAGAUUCACAACCCACAUGCCAUACUGAGCCUUUGCGUGUCUUUGUUACCGCUCCAUGAACUAAGGUUAAUUGUGACAUUCUCACUGCGGUCUGAAUGAACUGCAGGGGAGGGGUGUGCAAGUUUCGAAUUAGCAAACCCCUCCAUGGGCACUUUUGAUUGCCAUGUGGAGUGCGCCCUGUUCCUAGCGUUUCCUGGCCC